UUUACCUUCUGACUUGACUUAUGAGAUAGCUCAGCUAGCAAGUCAAUAUAUCACAAGGUCAACAAAAAUGUUUAGUUACCGCUAAAAGAAAUACUGGAAACGCAAAAUGCGAUGCUACCUUCACGCAUUUCUCCUGUGCGUGGUCUUCACCUUUUUUUCACUGGUGUAUGUAUUCAACCAGCUAGCCUCCACCUUGGAGGACCGAGAUGAGUGGAACCUUAGAGAACAGAGUCUAUCCGACAGAAGUAGUCAUGACACCGGGAACCUUCUCAGGAAAAUGCCCGGACUGGUAGGCCGUAGAGACCGUGAAGAUGGGCUUGACAGAGAGAGGCCAGCCUCUGCAGUCAAGGAACGUAGUGAAGAGAGGAGUCACCUGGCUGUGGUGGCCUGUGGCACCAGGCUAGAGGAGACUCUUACCAUGUUGAAGUCUGCCAUUCUGUUCAGCAAAAAGCCUCUGAACUUUUACAUCUUUGCAGAGGAUGAUCUACAUGACAGCUUCAGAAAUGCUCUGGAGUCCUGGCCCAGGACUGUUCAGACCAAGUUUAACUUUACCGUCUACCCCAUCACUUUUCCCAGGGAAAAUGCAAAAGAGUGGAAGAAGCUCUUCAAACCUUGUGCCUCUCAGAGGCUCUUUCUGCCGCUGAUCCUGAAGGAGGUGGAUUCUUUGCUCUACGUGGACACAGAUAUCCUUUUUCUGCAACCAGUAGAGGAAAUCUGGGCCCUCCUUUCUCGAUUCAAUGCAAGCCACUUAGCGGCCAUGGCCCCAGAGCACGAAGAGCCACGUAUCGGCUGGUAUAAUCGUUUUGCCCGCCACCCUUACUAUGGCAAGACUGGCAUCAACUCAGGGGUUAUGCUCAUGAACAUGACGCGCCUCAGGGAGAAAUUCUUUAAGAAUGACAUGACAACAGUUGCACUUAGAUGGGAGGAAAUUCUGAUGCCCCUUCUACAGAAGUAUAAACUCAAUAUCACCUGGGGGGACCAGGACCUUCUUAAUAUCAUAUUUCAUCAAAAUCCAGAAAGCCUCUAUGUGUUCCCUUGCCAGUGGAACUACCGUCCAGACCACUGUAUUUAUGGCAGCAACUGUCAACAGGCUGACCAAGAAGGUGUCUUUAUUCUCCAUGGAAACAGGGGAGUUUACCAUGAUGACAAGCAGCCAGCAUUUCGAGCUGUCUACGAAGCCAUCCAAAAGUACCCCUUUGGCGAGAACAUGGAGACAUCACUGCUUCAGCCUCUGGAGGCGUCGCUGCUGACCACCACGCAUACCUACUGUGGAAGGGCCAGCCACCUUUUUACCAAGAGGUUAAAGCAGAGCAUCAUGUCAAUGCAACAGGAUGUCACACAGAGAGGAUGAUCAUUCACCACUGUAAUACCUUUCCAUGAUUAUUAUCUAAUGUCUCUGAUAGAAAAGAGGCUUUGAUUCAAGACACUUCACAAACAGACUCAGGCCUACAUUGAGUCAUCAUCUGUUUACAACUGCAUAUCAAGACUGUUUGGAAAUGGGGAAGGGUUUAAUUUUUCUUAUUGUUUUAAAUCAAGCCAAUGUUGGUACAUAUCUGUCCAAUGAACACACAUCAGGUCACUAAUGCUGUGUCACAAUGGUGGAAAAUGAAUUGGGUCCACUUUAGCGUUCAGAGAUUUUUAAUUUUAAAGCUAAUAAGUACAAAACUUGUUGUAUUCCAGACAAUCACAUUGUAUUGUUUUGUUGUUUUUAAAGAGAGAACCUACAAUCACUUUGUAUAGUUGUCCAAGUUCUUCAGGAAAGAAAAAAUAUCAGCAGGGUCCUUAAAUACGCUGUUAUCAAGAGUAUUUUAUUAGAGAUGUUUUUAAUAUAAUUUUACGUACAUGCUUUAUUUUGAUGUUUUUGUCAUUGCAGUAUAUCAUGAAAAAGGGUUGUUGUUCUUUAGGUACUUUGUUAGCUAAACAAGAAUGUUCUUUUUAUUUAAUGUGACAUUCUCAUAUGUCACAGUUCUCAUUAAGAGUACUUGGAACUUAUUAAAUCUCAAAAUAUCAGUAUUUAUUAUGGAUGGACUUCUGUGACAGGAAGCAAUUUUGAUGUCCACGGUUAGAAUUUAACGACUAUUGACUAUUAUUAGUAGUUAAGUCAUUUUAUUCACAAUGUUGCCAAUAUCAACAGGUUUUCCUAUAACUGGAAAAAUGUUAUAUAGAGCCUUUAUUUUCCACUCCAGCAGCUAGCAUCAAGACAUUUACUCCGAAAUGCAAAGAUUUGCACUAUUGAUUUAUAAAAACAAGGAUUGUAACAAUAUAAAAUCAUGUUUAUAUUGUUAUUGUUAUAUGAUCAGUAAUAUGAAUGUCUUAUGGAGAAA